AUGUCCCGAAAACAAACUUUGGAAGAAGAUGCCGGAGAAGUCACGUGGCCGGAAGUUAGCCGCUCGCAGCCAAUCAGCAUCGCCGCCGGCAGCAGGUACGUCGUGACGUGGAGUAAACGGAGGGAAUGUUUGUCAUCUUCGGCACCAUGUGUCCCGAACCCGUUCCCGGAAUUGGGCGGCCCAUCUGUGUCCCCCGUUGCCACGUCGACGCUUUCACCACCAUCCCACAAGUGGUGUCACUUUGAAGCGUCCGAGCGGUUCGGCAGUACGAGCCCAGAUGGAACAGAUGGGAAAUCGCUAAAGGUUUUCGACACAGACGAGCGCGCCCGUUGGAUACGCGUUCGUGACGGUGCGACAGCAGCGGAUGUCUGCGGCCUGUUGGCGAGCGUAUCCCGACGCGGUGUGGACCGGGAGAACCGGGCACUGCUGGAGGUUCGCCCCGCCCUCGGCCUGGAAAGGUGCUUGGAGGACCACGAGGUAGUGCCGGAGGUCGAGGCCGGCGACCGGACCCCCGAGGCUGACGUGCGGCUGGUCUUCAGUGAGAAUUACGCCAAGUACCAAUUCUUCCGCCAGCCCGGGCUCUUCUUUCCAGACGCCAUGAUCUCAGACAGCGCGGACGGCGACAAAGUCAUGACGUCGCAGCGGCUCGUGCAGGACCUGGUCCGGUCGGGCUCGUGUCCCGAGAUCCAAGGCUUCCUGCACGUGAAGGAGUCGCUGCGCGAGUCGUGGAAACGCCGGCACUUACUCCUGCGACGUUCGGGACUCUACCGCUCGUCCAAGGGCGCUUCCAAGGAGCCCCGCCACCUUCACUACGUGGCCGACAUCACCGACCAUCACGUCUACAAUGUGUCCGACGCGCGUAAAGUCUACGCCGCGCCCAAGCGCUUCUGCUUCGCCAUCGCGCCAUCGGGAAGUCCGGUACGCCUUCCCCACCUCAAGAUGUUUUGCGCCGACAGCGAGCGCAGCAGAACUUGCUGGACAUCCGCCUUCAGAUUGUUCAAGUAUGGGAAGCAGCUACAGAUGAACUUCCAACAAGCCACAUGUAGUCGGCCACCGCCGGAUGGCCAGACCAACCUGACAGAUGGCAAAGCCAAGUCGGAAGCCUGUUUGGUGGCGAUGGACUUUUCCGGAAGCGCCGGCGGUCGAGUCGUGGAGAACCCCGCCGACGCCGAGUGGUGCGAAGGACGUCCUCCGAGGCGUCACGAAGUUCUCCUUUGCGGCCCGCCCGUUUUGAACUCGCUGCCCGACGCGCCGCUCCACGAGGGCCGGCCGUGGUUCCACGGCGACGUGUCCAGGGAGCAAGCGCGGCUGCUGAUGGAGAAGCGAGGCCUCGUCGAUGGGACGUUCCUGAUCCGGAGCAGCCGGCAGCACGCGCGGUGCUUCGUCUUAUCCUUGUGCUUCCGGCAGAAGACCAAACACUUCCUGGUCAUCCCCUGCGAGGACCGCGAGCGUCGAUAUCUGACCAUGGACGACGGGGUGACGCUCUUCGCGGACCUGCUGCAGCUGGUGGAUUUCCACCAGAUCAAUAAGGGCAUCCUGCCCGUCUGCCUCAAGCACCCGUGCACAUGCGAUUCGACGUCGAUUAGGUCAUGA